AUGAUUAGGGCUCCUAGGUGGCGCGUUCGUGGAGGCAACCCGAAGGAAGAGCAAAAAGAAGGUUGGGUGCUUGUGGGGCAAGGCCACCCGGCCUCGAAUAGGAGGGGGCUUAGCUCUGGAUCCUCCCUGCUUGCAGAAAUGAAUGGAUUAGAAGGGGGCUGGAUUCUCUAUUUCCGGGCCGGGCGGGAGGUGAAGACCAUAAGAGAAGAUUGCCCUCCCGGUAAGGAAGAUGGGAAAAAGGUGUUGUCAUCUACUCGACCAGUUUCCCGAGGCGUUGGAAAUCCAGACCGGCUCAGAGAAUCACUGGUGCUAUUUAGCCCUUCGUUUCGACAACAAAGAAGUCAUCUUUGA